CCCACCUCAGAGAACAUAAGAAGAUGGUACCUCGUCGGCUUAAUGUAGCUUGUUAGCCCGACAAUUAGCCUUCUUCAUUGUCCGCCCAAACACAACCAAGUCCUCCCGUUUUAUAUCAAAUACCGCCUCUAUGUCGUAAAUCGGACACUUUAAUGGCGUACAACGGCCACCAACGCGACGAUGACACCGCCGACGAGGACGAAACGCCCACGAAGCACCCGCGCUCCAACAAAGACAUGCCCGGCUGCCUCCGUAGCGACGCGGACAAGGAGGCGGCCGCGCCGGUUGGACGUGCGUCGUCCUCACGCUGCGCCUCUGACGCGACGCCGAGGCUUCGGAGCGACUCCGUGAAGAAGAGCAGGCCGCCGUUCCCAUGGUUCGGUAUGGACAUAGGCGGCACGCUGGUCAAGCUGGUCUACUUUGAGCCCAAAGACAUCACAGCGGAGGAAGAGCAGGAGGAGGUGGAGAACCUGAAGAGCAUCCGCCGCUACCUGACAUCCAACACGGCAUAUGGCACCACAGGCAUCAGGGAUGUGCACCUGGAGCUACAGGAGCUGACCCUGUGCGGCCGCACGGGCAACCUGCACUUCAUCCGCUUCCCCACGCAUGACCUGCCCGUCUUCCUGCAGAUGGGCCGCAACAAGCACUUCUCCAGUCUGCACACCAGCCUCUGUGCCACCGGCGGGGGCGCCUACAAGUUUGAGUCUGACUUCCGCAUGAUGGCUGACUUGCAGCUCAGCAAGCUGGACGAGCUGGACUGUCUGAUUCGUGGCGUGUUGUACAUCGACUCGGUGGUGUCGAGCGGCCCAUCAGAGUGCUACUACUUUGAGAACCCCACCGAGCCGGAGCGCUGCGUCCAGAGGCCGUACACGUUGGAGAACCCCUACCCGCUGCUGUUGGUCAACAUUGGCUCCGGUGUCAGCAUCUUGGCUGUCUACUCGGAGACCAACUACAAGCGCGUCACUGGGACCAGCCUUGGAGGGGGAACCUUCUUGGGUCUCUGCUGCCUGCUGACAGGAUGCUCCACGUUUGAGGAAGCUCUGGAAAUGGCCUCACAAGGGGAAAGCACCCGUGUGGACAAGCUUGUUCGGGACAUCUAUGGAGGAGACUACGAGCGCUUUGGACUGCCAGGAUGGGCGGUGGCCUCCAGUUUCGGCAACAUGAUGUCCAAAGACAAGCGUGAGUCUGUGUCCAAGGAAGACCUGGCCAGGGCCACUCUGGUCACCAUCACCAACAACAUCGGCUCCAUCACCAGGAUGUGUGCACUCAACGAGAACAUUGAGCGUGUGGUGUUUGUGGGCAACUUCCUGCGAGUCAACACGCUCUCCAUGAAGCUACUGGCCUACGCUAUGGACUACUGGUCCAAAGGUCAGCUAAAGGCGCUCUUUCUGCGCCAUGAGGGUUACUUUGGAGCCGUGGGAGCACUUCUGGAGCUGCUGCAUCCGUCCUGAAGCAUGGCAACAGAAGGUCCUUCAACCAGCACUUUCACUUCUAAGGUCCACGGUCAUGACGGCUUAGGGAAAGAUGCCCAACAUCUUCCACUGUGGCGGGGAUGUCCGAAGUUUUUCCAGUGUGGGUCGCAUACAGAAAAAUUAAAGAAUGCAGAGGGGCCACUUUGAUCCAUUUUGUGCAUUAAAGAUGGUAAAAGCAAUGUAGUUCAAUAUAUGCUAAGCUGUCCGAGCAAAACAUCCACAUUAUAUGUUACAGAUAACAAAGCAAAUUAGUGUCAUAUUUAAUAUGUGACUAAUAAUUCAUUUUACUUCUACAUUAUGCCAAGGGCCAAUAGAAAUUGAACUUCAGGCUAAAAUAUGGCCCACAGGCCGCACAUUGGACAUUCUUGCUCUGAUCUCUGGCAGAGAUUUUAAACAGUCACCAUGUUGGCCUGUUAAAGUUGAAGAACAAAGCAGGUCCCUGAUGUUAUCUUAAAGGAAUAGUGCACUUUUUUGGAAUUUUGCCCAUCAUCCACCUUUCUUAAGUGAGACAUGAACACAUGUCUCUGUGUGCGUUGUAAAGAUAUAAAAACGUCUAAAAAAGACGCAGCUAAGAAUGCACGUAAUGGGAAGCACUUAUUCCGCUUAUAAAGGCUUCUGGAAAAAAAAACCUCCAAAAAACGUCAGCAAUACUCCAUUAACAUAUCAUGUGACGUGCAUAUUAACCAAGCUGCAGCGACAUUAUUAACAUUGUUACGCCAAAGAACUACGUUAACUGGCACAUUGAUACUUAGUCACGCCACACCGGCUAGCUACUAGCUUCACCACACACGACCGCAGCACUUCAGCACCGUGCUCACAAUCCCUCAGGCCACUACCGAAAGGUGAUGCUACAUAUUGGAGCUGCCGCUGUGUUUUUGAGUUUGGAAAAGUUCUGGGAAAAUUCCACACGGUUGGCCACAUAGUCAAGAGAUCUGGAAGAUCUGGGUUCGGAUCUCCGUUGAGCAUCUCUGUGUGGCGUUUGCAUGUUCUCCCCAUGCAUGUGUGGAUUUUAUCCGGGUACUCUGGUUUCCUCCCAUGUUCCAAAAACAUGCAUUUUAGGUUAAUUGGAGACUCUAAAUUGUCCAUAGGUAUGAAUGUGAGUGUGAAUGGUUGUUGUCUAUAUGUGCCCUGCGAAUGACUGGCGACCAGUCCAUGUGAAAUCAAGGACGUUCCAGUUGGGCUCAAAAGGAGCAAAAUACUGUAUUACAUGUUAUCAUGAAUGUACCUGUUACGACAUGGUCACAGCAUGUUUAUAACACCAUAAAGCCUUGUUGGAGGUUUUUGGAGGUGUUUUAAAAGCAGGCUUUCUAGACGCAACAGGUGUGUCCCAUUAAGUGCAUCAAUUACGUGUCUUUAUUAAAUUUUUUGUAAAUAUUUUUUUCAUAUCGUUAAAAUGCACAGAAGUGGGGAAGACGUGUGUUCAUGAAUUACAUAAGGAUUGUGGAUGAGGGGCAAAAUUCCAAAAGAGUGGUUUUCCUUUAAGGAGGUACCACAUAGAGGUUAGACUUUACAUAAGGAUUGUGGAUGAUGAGCAAAAUUCCCAAAAAAAGUGCAUUUUCCUUUAAGGAGGUACCACAUAGAGGUUUUUUAUGAAGAUUUGAAAAUGGACACACAAGACAAUCAGCAUAAAAUAAUGCAAAUAACUUUUGAUUACUAAACUAAUGCUCCAAACACUGGACCUUUAUUAGUUGACAGCACUGUCUGUUCAACCAGGCUGAGACGCACGCUCUUAAUGUGGAGGGACAGAGCGUUGCGUCGUCAUGUAAGGUUACAGAAUCUCCUGUUGCUGCGGUCAUCACGGUUACAGCAUCUUGAUGUUCACCAAGUGGCCGGUGUGUCUUUUCACACAAAUCCUCCUCAGGCUCAUUGUUGCUUUUAUGGACCCGUUAAGCACAUUUAACAAGAUGCACGCAGUGUCUAAAAACACACAUCGUCUUGUUAACAUGGUUUAUAUCAUAAAAUUGUAUAAGUGCCUGCCUGCCGCUUUAUUAGCAGAGACAAUCGCUUUUUCUUACUGUGAUUUUUUUUUUUUUUGUCAGAUUUCUUACUAAAAUAUCAUUCCCUAAUAAACGUUAUGACAUGCUUA